AUGAGCUCACAGCACUUUAUACCCCCAGUGAACUUUGGCAUGAUUGAAGAAGAUCUAUAUCGGUCUGGCCAGCCAAACGAGCUCAACUUUCCCUUCCUUGAAAAGCUUGGUCUUAGGACGAUUGUAUGGCUUGCUCCAGAAGAACCCAAUCAACGCUUUCUCGACUUUAUCGAUGAUCAAGAAAUACAAUUACACCAUUUAGGCGUGGUAUCAUCAGUUAAUGCGUGGGAUCCAAUCACUGAAGAAGCUGUUUUGGAGGCGCUUGAUUUGAUAUUACAACCAAGCAAUUAUCCAAUGAUGAUCAUGUGCAAUCUUGGUCGCCAUCGAACAGGCACUAUUGUAGGAUGCCUUCGAAAGUUGCAACGAUGGAAUUUGACAUCUAUAUUUGAGGAGUAUCGACGCUAUGCAGGUCCCAAAGUACGGUUGCUCAACGAACAAUUUAUUGAAUUAUUUGAUACGGAUCUAGUGCGUGUCCCUAGUAAUAAACCUAGUUGGCUAUAA